GUUUUUUACAGCAGUGGUUUCACUGACUACUCUUAUCUUAUUUCUUUAUAAGACUGUGGAAAUGUAAACAGCAGAUAAGAAAAGAAAAGAGGAGGAGAGAAAAAAGAUGAAUGCAGUGAUGUCACUCCCUCCCACUUUUAUUCAGUACAAAUGCAGCAGAGCAACAAAGUUGAGCUUGCAUACCACUGCUGACGACUGAUCUGAUACAACACGCAUACCCACACAAAGGCGUGCUCUCUCUCGUCACACACACUCAUCAUACCAAACCCACAGCGGCACUGAGAAUCAGAGCAAAGCUGGGAGAUGCUACCGGUUGCCAGCCACUGACAGCCUUCACUGCCCAGCUGAUCCCAACACGCUGCACCUCUACCUCCAGAGAGCUGGAUACAAAGAGCACUUCACAAAGGACAACACAGUGACCUCAGUGAGCACUUAAGGCUGUACCUGAUCUUGCAUCCUUCAGAGAAAAGGGAACCUGACUCUUAGAGGAGCAGGAAAACGAGCCAUCAUUCCUCACUGCUGAAACACGACCCACUUGACUGAGACACAGAACGGCUGACGGUCGUCUCAGGCACCCAGGGAACAGAGGCAGGAUGCUGGCUAAGAUUCUUGAGGACAUGUGGGUGGAGCCGGAGAUCCUGGAGGCCCUCAGUGAGGAGCAGAAAAGAAUCCUCUUCUUCAAGAUGAGAGAGGAGCAGGUACGCCGCUGGAGAGAGCGAGAAGAGAGAGAGGAGAGGGAAGGCGACAACAGCAACACCAGGCCAAAGAAAGCUUCCAGUAAACAUGUAAGUUGGCUUCUCGGUCGAGACGGCGACGUGAGCGUCAGUAUAAUUGGAGAGUUGGAUGAAUUCAGGUCCUCAAAACUGCUUCAGAGCUUAAUGAACAACAGACUCCACAGUGAUAAUAUGAAUGGCAUCCAGACGGUGGACUUGCUGCCAGGAAGAGAGGCCCAGCAGCUCAGCUUCAAAGACGACAUCACGCUGCCCCACACAGAUGUUAACGAGGACUCAGCUUUACCAAAUGACCAGUCGUCUGAGGAGGAUGUGGACUGUUUCAGUGCAGAUGACGACCUGAAGGACCCCGCUGAGGACAGCGACAGUGAAUCAGGCAGCAGCUCGGACAAUGUUAGCGACUGGGAUCUUCUCUACAGGCCUCAUCUUGGUAGCCAUGGUAACCAGCUGCUCAAAGCCCAGCUGUCAGAUACAGAGAGGUUCAGCCCACAGGACAGAGAGACGCUGUGUCAUCAGGAGCAGUCAGAAAACAGAAGUCGUGUGGCAGAGCUCAGGAAAGCAUUCGCAACUGAUCCUCAUAUCACGUCACCUGCCUACACCAAACCACCCAUACCUGCUAAACCUGCUCAUCUACAGAAAAGAAGCACACCACUGAUCUGUUAGGACUCCUUCCUGCUGCAAGACCACACUUGACCCUUGAAAAGCAAGAGCUGACUGCACUGAACACACUGAGCUUGGUGCAGAUGUUAACAGCAGAUGUUAACAGUACCAUAACGGCCAAAGCUGCAUAUACUGGUAGAGAAGGAGUAUUGCUUUUCUGUUUUUUAGGACAUAAAUUCAAGGUCCUACCUACAAACCUACAAACAGAAAAAUCUUUCUGGGGUGGAGUGGGAAAAAGCUGCUGAACUGAAGACAGUCUGAAUGAUAAAGCUAAGCAGCUUUGAUGAAAUUCGAGCUGAAAUAUGUUCACAACGUGUCUGCAAUUGACAGGCAGACAGAGUGAGGAGUUCAGACACCAAGACAGACACACAGGCUGUUAACUGCAGCGGAAAAACACUGUUUCAUAUCUUAGAUGUCACUACAAGCUGUUGUUAAGAACUGUAGAGAAUUGAUAAACCACAUGUAUUUCCUCUGUAUUGAUCCAGAUUCUUUUAAAUAUAGUUCAUGUAACUUGUCUCUCACCACCCACCAUUUAAAAAUCAGCUGAUGCAAUGGUUCUCCAGAGAAUAAUUAUAAACUGCAUAUAUGUUGUGCCCCCGUCCUGAAGGGGGAUUUUAAACCUUUAUACAAUCCCUCACAUUCACACAUGAACAGCCGCUUGUACACAUUCAUUGACAAGCACUGACCUGCUCAUCAGGAGGCCUUUAGGGUUUGGUGUCUCACUCAAUAACACUUUGUCCAACUGUUGAGGAUCUAUGGGAGGAAAUCACAGAAUGAACCUACUGUGCAGUUUAAAGCAGCAAUUGUUACGCUAAGUGCGUUUACAUGGAGUACCUCCAAUCUGAUCGAACGUCCAUUAGGAAUAAAAACACAUCAUGUAAACACCUUAGUUUAUCUAAUCGUCCUCAGAAUAAAUUUUCACUCUGAUCGAGAGAAACUUUUUCACAAUCCGCUCAACUGGAGAAAAUAACUGUAACGCUGGUUCCGAUCAUUUAUUUGGUGUGUGUUGUCUCUGUGUGUGCUUGAACCAGUGGGUGACAUCUUGACUUUCAGGAAAGACUUGAAAAAUGAAAUUUUGUUGGAAAAAGUUCAGGAUUAUUCAGCGUGUGGGUCAAAUGGCUCAAAAUAAAUAAAUAAAUCUU